AUGAUCGAACUGGAAAGGACAAAAUCCAACCAGAGAAUUGAACUGAUGAAAACAGAAAUAUCGUUGGAUGAGAAACACGUUCAAGCAUUGAAUGAGUUACGUGAGAAAACAUCACAGGAAAGCAUAGCAGAGUUCGAGAAAGCCUUAGAAAAUAUGAUCAGGUCAAUGGAAAAGCCAGAGUGUGAAGAUGUUGUGGAUGGCUAUAUCUAUAAUUAUAGACAAGACAUACAAAAUCUGGAAAGAAAGCAACAAGAAGAAAGAAAGGAAUACACUAUCAAAGUAAACGAAAAACUGUCUCAGAAACAAAAAGAAUCUUUAGAACAGAAUGAAGAAGAGAAAGAAAGCCUAGAGAAGAUGAAUGAAAACAGAAUAGAAGUCAUUGAAGAGUUGUUAAAAAUCCAAGACAGUAUGUCAGACGAAAAUCGCAAAAAGAUUCUGGAGGAACACGAAAUGCAGAAGAUGCGAUUCGAGAAAAGCUUAACUCUGAAUAAACUGCGCCAACAAAGUCUUCUAGAGGAGAAACUCGCAAUGAAAAGGAAACAGAAAUUAGAUAACCAAGAGAAACAGCAAGCAUUGGCAGCAAAAUCAGGUGACACGAAUACUGAGAGUGGCGACGCAAAUGGCGUGAAUGAAAACUCAGCAACCACGGAUGCAGACUUUUACACACCUGAGAUCGAUGAGAUCAACUUAUCUUCCGAAAUUGAAGAGAUCAACAGAAGUCUCCUCAAGCAGAGAGAAAAAGCGAAACAAGAACAAGAGGAGAAACUUGGAGAAACUAUUGCGAGGCUAAAUUUGGAGAAGGCGAAACAGAUGUGCUUGCUUGAGGAAAAGGCCCGAGCGAUUGAUAGUAUGAAAACUAUGUUGAUGGAAGACAUGCGGGUCAACGGUGAUGCAGAAUCUCAAAAGAUCAUCGAGGAACAUACCAAGAAACAGCAAAUACUGCAACAACAAUCUGAAGAAAAGAAAAAGAAAUUUGACGAGGAACUAACGAAGAAACUUGAAGUGAGGAAGCUUCAGAGAGAAACAACAUUAACUGAAAAACAUGAAAAGGAAAUUCGAGAUGUUUUAUGCAAAGCCCCGAAUAAAACAGCAGCAAUUAUUAAGAAAGUAGUUUUGAUGAACAAACAUAUUCUAGAACGAGAACGCUUCAUAAAUCAGAUGAAUGUUCAAUUGAAGCAGAAUAUAGAAGAACUCAGUCAGCAGUCUGAUAUUAAGAUACAAACAGACUUACAGAAGAACGAAGUAAAAUUAAUCCUUAGUCUCCUUGCAAUGAACAAAAUCAAACGCGAAGUAAUAUUCAGCGCUAUGAAAAUUCCUGUUGAGUUAAAGAACCUCAUCAAUGAAAUCCAGAACUCUGAGAAUGGAUCUGAUCCACCAGAAGAAAGAAAUUCGGCUUUAGAGACGAAAAUUCAUGAUUUCGUGGUGAAAAGUACAGAAUCAGAGAAAACAAACGACGAAGAUAAUAAAAAGAGAGCAAAAACUAUUAACGAGACGCCUAUUAACAGCAAACUGGAUGAGAAAUAUGCUGAAAGAAAUUCGCUUGCUUACAAGAAAAACUCGGAGUGUCUUUGCAUCAGAGAUCAAUGUGACUUAUCUGAUUGUUAUAUUGAAAUGACAACAAGAUGUGAUUGUUCUUUCAGUCAGAAAAUAGAUAAUAUACCAAGAAUUCUCUUGGAAGAUGCAAAAAAAUUAUCCCAUCAAAGAGGUAGACUGGCACCGUUGCAGUUUGUGCCAAAAUUACUUAAAAGGAAGAAAAAGAAAAAUCAAUUGUAACUCAACUAAUUAUUGAAGUUGCAUAACAUAUUAGAAAUAUCAGGCAACUUUCCUUCUAAUUUUACCGACAUUAAGAUACAAGGACAUAAAGGGUCUUGAAAAGUUGGACAAACCCAGGUCUUGCCGCCGUCUCUUCAUUGACUUAUUCCCAUCCAUUCUUUCACUGAUUCCCCAUUCACUCUCUCACUCAUUAACUCAUGUAUUUGCUUUUGUUUCAUGAUUUUUCCCACACCCCAACUAUGUUUCAAGUACGUAUAUAUCUACACAUGCAUACAUAUAUAAAAACAUGCACGCGCGUACACAUAUGAAUAUAAUCCUAAACAUGAAGAGGUUUCCUUUUAUAUAUUUCAUUAAAGAUCCAACUAUGUUGAAGUUCAUGCUUUUGUAUUAGUUUCUUGCUGUUGGUUUGGAACAAUUAAUUUUCUAAAUCCAUAUUCAAAGUUUCCAGAACAGCACAGUCUUGUUUGUAAAAAUUGGAUUAGAUCUGAUAUCUGCGUCGCUUUUUAUAUAUUGAAACGCAGUUUAUGAAUUUAGGAAGUUUAUUGUUCUAAGCUAACUGCUUGAAACUGAUACGAAACUAUGAAAAAAAAUCUGUAAGACGAAAAAUAUUACUGGAUUGCAGUCGUAUCUUUAAUCAAAUAAACACACAAGUGUAUGCAUGUAUGUAUGUAUUACGUAUGUAUGUGUGUAUUGAUAGGUAGGUUGAUAGGAAGAUAGAUAGAUAAAUAGCGAUAGAGAUAUAUAUCCGAGUUUGUAUGAUUGUGUAUAGGGCAAUAUACUAAUCAACGGAAUUUCGACUUAGCCUGAUUUUUCCGUUUAAUGAUUUGCACUUUUUAAAUUUUACAAUGUUACAAUAUUGAAAUAAACUAGUACUUUCAUGCAUUACGCAAUCAUCAGGUUUAUGUACUGACCGUCGUGUUCCACAACUGACAACGGUGGAAAACGACUGUCAAUACGUAAGCCUGAUGAUUACGUGAUGCAUAAAAGUACUAGUUUAUUUCAAUAUUGUAAAAUCAUAUAAUUUAAAAAGUGAGAAUUAUUAAACGGGAAAAUCAGGUUAACUUGGAAUUUCAUUGAUUAAUAUAUAUACAAAGACAUACACACACACACACACACACACACACACACAUACAUACAUACACCACACACACACCACACAUACAUACAUACAUACAUACAUACAUACAUACAUACAUACAUACAUACAUACAUAUAUAUAUGUACACGCACACACACACACACACGAUAUUUUGAGUAACAUAUGUAUAGAGUUCUCGAUUACUUGUCUUCGUUGAACUGUUAGCAAAUCAGGAAUAAACAGAAGUAAUCACAGAAAUUAAGAAGCGGUUUCCAAAAGUAUUUUACGUGCAAACUGGAAUAGCUAACAUUUGUAAGAUGAUUUGGCUUGUUUCGUUGGUAUAGCUCCUCAUCAGCAAAAAGUAACUAUAGUUGAGCCUCAUACAUCUAGCAACAUUUUUUUUUAUAUAGAGAAAAAUAAUUUAUGAAGACUUUGUGGAAACAGUGAUGUAUAUUAUCAAAACACUAAUAUGAGCUAUGCGCAAGUGGGAUGGGCUAAUGACAUCAGUUUAAACAAAUAAGCUGAAUAGGCUGCACAAAUAUUCUCAACCAAUGGAAAUUUCCCUUCUAUUUGCAUAAUUAAGACAUAAUAACUUAGCGAUACUUAUUAGCAGUUUUCAAACAUUACAAAUAAAUACUCUUUUACUCUUUUGCUUGUUUCAGUCAUUUUGACUGCGGCCAUGCUGGAGCACCGCCUUUAGUCGAGCAAAUCGACCCCGGGACUUAUUUUUGUAAGCCUAGUAC